AUGUCAUUCCUCUCAGGUCUCACACUUCUCACUCUCUCCCAAACGGUCAACAUCCUCAUCCUCGUCUCCUACAUCCUCGUCAUCCUCCUACUCCUCGGGGCCAUCCUCUACUACCUCCCGCGUCCCAAGUCCGGUGAUGAAAGGAUACUCGCCAGAGUCAUAUUCGCCCUAAGCACAGUAGCGAGCGGUGUACAUACGUGGUACUACAUGAUCAAAUUUCUCCAAUUCUCGUACCACAACUACCUUGCUUCCCACCCACCCGCCUUCGGCACCCCGUCCCUCCUCACCAUCGGCAGCUGGCUUGAGUCCACAUCACUAUUCGACGAAGCCUGGCGACACGUCUGUUCCUCCCCGCUGAAUUGGUGGUGGUCCGAACAUAUCUGCCUGUUCACCGUCCCCUGGUGCGCCUUCGUCUAUAUCGAAGGCGUGCGUCAUCGGAUUCCGCAUUUGUGGCUCUACCCGCUGCUAGGACAGCUAAUGGCGAUCAGCACAGCGACAUCUCUGUUCUUCCUCGCACUCUUCUCCAGCCCGGUACUGGACCCUCCCAUCCCCCGACCCAGACUUAGCGCACAAGUCUACCUCCCCCUCCUCGCCGCCGUAUUCCCCGUACUCUACACCCCCAACCUCUCAGGAGACGUGUUCAUGCCCAACCUCCUCCUCCUGCACCUACUCGUGCUCAUCCCGUUCCUCCCGCUACCCAAACUCUUCGCCCUGCUCGGUCUCCCCGAUCUCCUCCCCCCAGCAGAAGAGGGAAGCACCCUAGCCCCAAGCACCCUCCUCGCCCUACUCGAAUCCCUCCUCUUCCUCAUCCGAUCCCUGACGCUGCUCACCCUCCCCCCUCUGGGAUCCUGGUCUGCCCUCCCCUCCCUUCUUCUGCAAACCCUGUAUGCCCACCCAGCCCAGAGCUCAAUAGGCUUCGACGCAGUACACGUCUCCCUUCUCCUCCUACUCUACUCCCUCUUGCGGCGCGGCAGCCAGCCCUCCAAAGCGGGAGCGUACGAAGCGCUCAGCGCUCUAGCGGGGCUCAUUGCCGUGGGACCGGGCGUAGUAGCCCCGCUCGUGUUUAGCGGAGGGCUGAGGGAGAAGAAGAACUUGAAGCUUGUGCAGAAGGAGGUGCUCAAGGUGGAAGUUGCGCCGAGGCGGACGAGGAGCGGGAGGUCGUAUGGGGACGUGAAGAGCUGAUGUAAUGCACUGCAUGGAGGGAUGGGUUAGGGGAAGGAGAGGACAGGACUC